AAGAUCAUAAAGCAGGGCAGUUUAUAGCGAGACUAUACUAUCUAAACCCUCGACUAGAUCUUCUUCUACACGGCAUAUUCUAAAAACAAUGGCUCUCCUACAUGAAAUUUCCCCUAAGAUACUCGUCCCAGAAUCAGCCGGCCUCUAUUUUGGUGAAGCACCCCGCUGGCACAAUGGAAAGCUCUUCUUUGCCGACAUGAUUGGGCAGAAGAUCUAUGCCCUCGACCUAUCUGGAAAGCUGGAGGUUUUUCUCGAGGUCCCAAACCAGCCUAACGGAAUGUGCUUCAUGCCAGACGGCUCUCUGAUUUACUCUUCUAUGUUCGACGCCAAACUCUAUCGCUACUACAAUGGCCAGAUAGAACUAUUUGCCGACUUGUCUAGCUUGAUGACGGGCUACUGCGGAGAUAUGGUUAUUGACGCCGCCGGUCGAGUUUUUAUCGACGAUACAGGUGCGCGAGUCCUGCAUGGAGAAAAACCAUGUCCUGGCCGCCUCCUUGUGGUCGACACGGACCGUAGCGUUAAGGUAGCGGCCGAGAAUUUGGUCUUCCCAAACGGAGUUACGAUUGACCGGGAAGGGACAUCCCUUUAUAUUGCAGAAACAUUCGCAUACCGGAUAAAUAAAUUCAACCUCUCUGAAUCAGGGGAAUUAACGAAUCGACAGGAGGUCUGGGACGCAACUGAAUGGGCGCGUCUUAGGGGGACGCAAUCUGAGAAAUUUUCUAGUGUAGAUGGUUUCUGCAUGGAUAAAGAUAACGGGAUGUGGCUGAGUUUGCUAGCCGAUGAGGUAUUUGCGAGGAGGGACCCGGAGAAAGGCAUGUUUACGCACAUGAUUAAGGUUGAUGGGCAUGCGACUGCUUGUACUCUUGGAGGAGAUGAUGGCAAAACACUCUUCAUGUUAGCAAACAUUACUCCCAAGGGGGAUGACUUGUUUACGGCCAUGGUGGAGAGGCGGACAAGGUGUAUCGUUUUGACGGCGACGGUAGACGUUGGCCAUGGUGAUGCGAGGCCAUAGGAUGGUAU